CAGCCGCUCCGUUCGGUCGCUUGACGACAUGGUGCGCUGUUUCCUGAUUCACACCGUGUGCCCGGUGAGCGCUCUCGGCCCCGGGGACAGUCGGGUGCUUUACUCCCGCGUGUUCGGUCCCGAGGAGGCGGCUUUGUCGUCCGAACACCGGCAGCUGCUCCCGGAGGAGAGAAGACUCCUGAGCGCCGAGAAGCUAAUGCUAGUAGCCAGACAGGUCCACACUGCCGUGUCGCUGACCCGCCAGGCUUCGGCCCGCCCACCCGUGGAGAUGGCCCCGGGCGAGGAGGCGCUGGCCCUCCAGGAGGCGGACAGCGGGGUGGUCCGGCUCAGGGCUGGGGACCCCUUCUCUGAGGAGAUGAGCGCGCUGUGGUUCGCCGUGCAGAGUCUGGCCUUCGUCCUGGUCUGUGAAGCCCAUGAGAACCUGCUGCUGGCGGAAGGAACCCUGCGGAACCUGACCCGACACUGCCUGGAGCAUCUGCACAUGCUGGGUCCAGGCAGCGAGCUGCUUCUCAAAAGCGACCGCAUUGACGUCCUACUCAGUCGCCUCCUUCCUCACGGCCAGCUCCUCUUCCUCAACCACCGCUUCGCCCAGAGUCUGGAGAAGGAGGUGUCCGCCUACAUGGCCAAGUGAAACAUCGCCCCCUGGAGGUUGCCUGAGUCGCUGCGCCCUCUGGAGUUCACUCCCCCACCUUCGGCGUCUGUGAGGAAGACGAAGAGUGAGUUUGCUGGCAGCUGCCUCUUCCUGAGCAGCGAACACAUGCAGGAGUAAAUCUCUGCUGAGUGUUUACUGUGUGGGCGGCUUCAGCCCAAAUCCUGUUUGUCAAAGUGAAGAGCGGAAAGGAAAAUGUGGCAGAUUAAAGGAGAAGUCGGCCAGAAGAAACCAACGCGGCAGCUUUGAAGUUGAGUCAAUAUCACCCAGUGGAUCAGGGUCACGCUGGGACUGAUGACUGGCCGUGUUUCGCUGGACCGAUGGCUGCAGCUGACGCCGCAGCAAAGACGAUGUGAAAAGCAAAUUAGUCACGGAGAUUCAGACAAAAACUGUGAAAAAAUACAAUGUUUCUGGAGAGUGACACAUAAUAAUAAAUCAUACAAAUAUUGACGACAUAAUUCUGUGUGAUUUAAGAACAUAUUUUCAACUGCAAACUUUAACUCGACAGUUUCCAAAUAUCUUGACAAGUGAAUAAACUAGUCAUUAGCGAGCAGAAGGUUCUGACCAUUCACACCUGUCUCCACAAGAGGGCAGUGUUCAGCCAUGCACGCCACUCUUCCACGCUGACGGCAGAAAGUGAGAAAAAAACACGUUCAUAACUGUGUGUUUGUGUAAUUGGUUCAUCAUCGCUGCUGAUUAUUAACUCAAAAAGGAGGCUGAUCUCCACCAGCUGCUGGAUCCACGCGCUCGGACUUGAUGAUCGCGCUUGAUUGGUUUGAUGUUUCACUGUGUGUAAGGUCCAUGUGGUCCAUGUGUGCUGCAGUUGUUGUGUAUGUGAAAGGGCCCCGAGGGGUUUCAGUGGUCUGUGGAGCUGGGAAAUUGGAAAAUGGGCUGCAGGUAUUCAGACGAGGAGCGCAGGAAGUGAGCAGACGUGAGGAGGAGGAGGAGGCAAACAAGUCUGUAUGUAAACAGCACGGUCACGUUUUUGCCCAAGAUUGGGACGCAGCUCAGUGGAGUGGUGUCUGAGCCCUGUUUGUGGCUGUUACGUUGCACAGUGGGGCACGAAUACACUUGCUGUUUCCUCACUUGUUUCAUCUCUGCUCAACCUGAAUGGCGUCAGAUGCAACUCAGCAGUACACAGCUGCGUCUGCGGUCAAACUGCCCGAAACACUGCAAGUCAGGGGCUCAGUAGGGGGCGAUCUCGGUUAAAAUAAAUGAUGAGAUGGUUGUUCAAAUCUGGACGCUUUAGAGCAGAGAGCGCCACCUAUUUCAUGGCGCAUCAGGAGCACCACAAGUCUACGACUUGAAUAAUAAACUUCACACAUUUAAUUUUUGUUGUUUUGAACGGUGCUUACGAACAAAAAUGGCUGCCGUCGCAAGUCAACAGAGGUUUUGGUCGCUCACCCCGUCCCCCAGUUAGUGGUGUCCAGGGCCUGCAGCAGGUAUCGAUAGACUUUGUGUAGAAGAGUCCUACUUUUCCCAGCAAUUUUGGAUUUGAAGGUGAGGUGACAUACAGUGCCACCUAGUGAGAGCUGAAAAUGUGGACGCUGUUGUGGGUUUCCUAGUGAGGCAAGACCAAAAUGGUGCUGUCGGAUCUCAGUGUGGUCGGCUGGACCCGUGUGUCCCAGAGUGACGCAGACUCAUGUUUCCUCCCUGCCUGUGUAUCCCCAACCCCCCAAAAAAGAGCAGUUGGGUUCAGCCAUGGUGCAUGUCUCUUGGUCUCUGUAGUAGCCAUAGCUGUGUCCCAUGUCUCCCCCUAACACCAGCACUUGGUUCUGAGCGCCCUCCACUCUGAAGCGCCCUCCCAUGAUCAAGUGAAGCGACCGACGUCCCUCAGAAUUGGGACAACACUUAAAGACAGCGUCUCAUUGGCUGCAGUGCUGUUUUGU